AAACGUCUAGGUGCAAUUGAUGCUGUGCCUAAUUGGUUUAUGGAUAAAAUAAAGCGACCACCAUAUUUAUUUCAAUACCCUUGGCCACUAACGAAAGAUCCGAGUAAAAGCCAAUGGUUUCUAACGCACGCCGCAUAUGAGAGUGCACAUGUAUUUGAAAGUAUAUAUAAAAAUGUUUCAGGAAUAUGGAAUUAUUUUGCAGAAUAUUGGAUGAUAACAACUAGUCGUUUCGGGAAGAAAGAUAAUGUUUUAGGUUAUAAUUUGAUAAAUGAACCACCACCUGGAAAUUUUUAUUUAAAUCCAUCCCUUCUUUUGCCUAAUAAUGCAGGUCACAGUCUCUUAUCAUUUUAUGAUUAUUUGGUAAAUGUUAUUCGCCAAACAGACAAGAAUACAUUGAUAUUUUACGAGAGUGUAAUGUGGUGGUCGGUAUUCGAUAUAAUCCUCAAACUUCGUAUACAGUUCGUCGUGAUAACCGUUCUAUAUAACGUACCAACGAUAUAUUAA